UGCCAAGUUUGGUACCACAGAGUAUGUGGGUGGUCAUUGACCUACAGGAGGAGCCACUCACCACAGUCAACAACAGAGGGCGACAGUCUUUCUUUUCAAUAUUUAUUUAUAUCCAAUAUUUAUCGUCAUUGCUGAUUAUGGAGGGAACUCUUCUGUGUUCCAGUACUGCAAUAUUUUUGGUCUUUCAGUGUCCAAAAAUAUAUAUUUGCAUUAUGACAUCAUUAACAUUUUUAUAACUUUCUACUUCUUUCUUUGUGCUGGUUUCCAGAGCCACUCAUAAAUCUCUCAGCAACUGCAUAGUGUCCAGGGCCACAAACUGGCCACUCGUGGCAUUGUGAUUAGAGUAAUUUAAUACCCAAGAGAGUGACUAAUGCCUGGCAACAAAGGCUCCACUAGCUGUCCUGUGUCCUGGGACCCUGGGACAGGCACACUAGAGGCACCUUAUCAUUGUGUAUCAGUAGCAAGAGAAAAAGUUAAGGACCAGGUGGAUCCAUGUGGGCACCGUGAGGAAAUGAGAGCCCUUUCCCCGUGAUCAAUGCCAGUACAACCUGUUAGCCUAAAAUCAGUUUAAAACAAAGGUACCCACCUUUGUCUUAUCUUCAUACUCUAGGCUUUUAAUAAUAUUUUUUUUUCACAUGUUUACAGAAAGCAGUCAACUGAGCUAUUCGUGGAAAGGUUUGUGGGUUUGGUUAACGAGGUGGAGGAGUAUUACAUUUCAGCUGGAAACACAUCCCUAGAAUGCCAAAACAUUUAUUCCAAAGUCUGGUUUCCUGGUGCAAUCGGAGGCAUGGCAAUAGUGUUUCUGUUCAGAGACUGGGGGCUGGGGCCAGCAAGGCAUUUGAUCUGAAUGUGUCCCAGAAGCCUUUUAUUGUUAAAUUAUAUUCUUUAGGAAAAACCACUCAUGUCCCAUUUUGUAAACUUGAUAUCCAUACACUUUUGACUGGCAUUCUAUUUUAGCUGUAAGACUGUGAUUUACAGCAAGCCUGUUUUUCCUCUUGCCUAGGAUGGCAGCAGAAAGCAUGGGGCACUCUGUAGGCUCCAAAGCAAGGAGCACAGGGGCUGGAGUUUCUUUUCCCCAGUAGUGCUCUCCCUGGCUGUGCCACACUGCUGUCCAUGAGCAGGCAGCAGAGUCUCCCUCACUCCCUACUGCCAUUCAUCCAGCGCUGAGCAGCAGCCCAGCUGCCGUGUCUGCCGGGAGGGGCUGCCAAGUGCCCUGCCUACUGGCUGCUUCCCGAAUCCCUGCCAUUCCACACACAAACACAUCCACACACGCUCUCUGCCUCUCUCACACACCAGCCACUCACACAUGCGAGUACAUUCCUGCCUUCCUUCUCACUGUCUCGGCCCUCGACUUCUACAAGCCCAUGGAACAUUUCUGGAAAGACGCUCUUGAUCCAGCAGGGUGGCCCGUCGGCUGCUGAGCCCUCUGCCGCGCGGGGAGACGGUGCGCGCCUUGCCCGCGGCCGCUGACCAUGACGAUGACUCUCCACUCCAAAGCGUCGGGCAUGGCCAUGCUGCACCAGAUCCAAGGGAACGAGCUGGAGCCCCUGAACCGCCCGCAGCUCAAGAUCCCCCUGGAGCGGCCCCUGGGCGAGGUGUACGUGGACAGCAGCAAGCCCGCCGUGUACAACUACCCCGAGGGCGCCGCGUACGAGUUCAACGCCGCGGCCGCCGCCUCCGCGCCAGUCUAUGGCCAGUCCGGCCUCGCGUACGGCCCCGGGUCCGAGGCGCCUCCGUUCGGCGCCAACGGCCUGGGGGGCUUCCCCCCGCUCAACAGCGUGUCUCCGAGCCCGCUGGUGCUGCUGCAAACGCCGCCGCAGCUCUCGCCGUUCCUGCAGCCCCACGGCCAGCAGGUGCCCUACUACCUGGAGAACGAGCCGAGCGGCUACGCGGUGCGGGAGGCCGGCCCUCCAGCGUUCUUCAGGCCAAAUUCAGAUAAUCGACGCCAGGGUGGCAGAGAGAGAUUGGCCAGUGCCAAUGACAAGGGAAGCAUGGCCAUGGAGUCUGCCAAGGAAACUCGCUACUGCGCAGUGUGCAAUGACUAUGCCUCAGGCUACCAUUAUGGAGUCUGGUCCUGUGAGGGCUGUAAGGCCUUCUUCAAGAGAAGUAUUCAAGGACAUAAUGACUACAUGUGUCCGGCUACCAACCAGUGCACCAUUGAUAAAAACAGGCGGAAGAGCUGCCAGGCCUGCCGGCUGCGCAAAUGCUACGAAGUGGGGAUGAUGAAAGGUGGGAUACGGAAAGACCGAAGAGGAGGAAGAAUGUUGAAACACAAACGCCAGAGAGAUGAUGGAGAAGGCAGGAAUGAAGCAGGGCCCUCUGGAGACAUGAGGGCCGCCAGCCUUUGGCCAAGCCCUCUCUUGAUUAAGCACACGAAGAAGAACAGCCCGGCCUUGUCCCUGACAGCUGAUCAGAUGGUCAGUGCCUUGUUGGAGGCUGAGCCCCCCAUACUCUAUUCUGACUACGAUCCUACAAGACCAUUCAGUGAGGCCUCGAUGAUGGGCUUGCUGACUAACUUGGCGGACAGGGAGCUGGUUCACAUGAUCAACUGGGCAAAGAGGGUGCCAGGAUUUGUGGAUUUGACCCUCCACGAUCAGGUCCACCUUCUGGAAUGUGCCUGGCUAGAGAUCCUGAUGAUUGGUCUUGUCUGGCGCUCCAUGGAGCACCCAGGGAAGCUCCUGUUUGCUCCUAACUUACUCUUGGACAGGAACCAGGGGAAAUGUGUAGAGGGCAUGGUGGAGAUCUUUGACAUGUUGCUGGCCACAUCGUCUCGGUUCCGUAUGAUGAAUCUACAGGGAGAGGAGUUUGUGUGCCUCAAAUCUAUCAUUUUGCUUAAUUCUGGAGUGUACACAUUUCUGUCCAGCACCCUGAAGUCUCUGGAAGAGAAGGACCAUAUCCACAGGGUCCUGGACAAGAUCACAGACACCUUAAUCCACCUGAUGGCCAAAGCAGGCCUGACCCUGCAGCAGCAGCACCGGCGCCUGGCCCAGCUCCUCCUCAUCCUCUCGCACUUCAGGCACAUGAGUAACAAGGGCAUGGAGCAUCUGUACAACAUGAAGUGCAAGAACGUGGUGCCCCUCUACGACCUGCUGCUGGAGAUGCUGGAUGCCCACCGCCUGCACGCGCCCACCGGCCGCACGGGGGUGCCCAUGGAGGAGGCAAACCAGGGCCAGCUGGCCACCCCGGGCUCCACUUCAUCGCAUUCCUUGCAAAAGUAUUACGCCACCGGGGAGGCAGAGAGUUUCCCUACCACAGCCUGAGAGCUCCCGGGCUCCCCCGAGGUUCUGAGAAUCCCUGCAGCAUUUUACCCUCGUCAUGCAUCACUUUAGCAGAUUCUGUCUCCUGCACACGCUCCGGCAUGCACCCACCACCAGCGGCUUUCUAAUAUGAGUGGCCAUUCGUCUGCUUGCUAAGUUCUUAGUGGCACGUCUUCUGUUGGGAACAGCCAAGGGGAUUCCAGGGCUAAAUCUUUGUAACAGCUCUCUUCCCCCCUUUGCUACAUUACUAAGCAUGAGGAUUCUUAUAGCUCCUCACAACUGAACUCAGUCUAUGAGCUGGGGCUCCGAUGACUUUGUGCAUUGAAGCUACUUGUAGAGACCCAGGCCUGGAGAGUAGACAUUUCACCUCUGAUAAGCACUUUGUAAUGGCUCUAAGAAUAAGCCACAGGAAAGAAUUUAAAGUGGCUCCUUUAACUGCUGACUUGGAGAAAGCUAGGUCAAGGGUUCCUUAUAGCAUCCUCUUGUAUUCCUAUGGCAAUGCAUCAUUUUAUUAAAGUGAUACCUUAAAGCUUUUGCACUACUAUGGCAGAAUAUUUAGUGAUUGUCUACUCGUUGUUCCAUAGGAAUACAAGAUGCACAUAGGGAAGGAAGAUCCUCCAAUUGCCAAGACUAUUUCAACUUAAUACACUGCGACUUCAGGCUUGCUGAAAGCUCUGCCGCUGGCUUUCUAGAGCACGACGUGCAGGUCAUGGGUCCCAGUUAAUUCCCGCUUCCCAUGGACCUAUGGAAAACAGCAAGUUGAUUUGAGUUAAGUCACCUCCACAUAUUUCAGUCUCCCUAUACGAGGGAUAAGUUCUUGAUUUUUGUUUUUAUUUUCAUUUUAUAAAAGAAAGCCCUCUCCCCCAGGAUUUGCAGCAAAAUCAGCUUCAGGACCUGUUCUGGUGGGAUCUCACAUUUAUCAGCAGUGUGUGCAACUUACACAAAAGGUGAACUAUUCAGGUGUGGUGUCCCGCAGAGGACCUAGGGCAUUCUAAGUGAGCAGGGACCCCGCUGGUACUUUUAGCCCUGGGGUCUGGGGCUAAACAGUGAAUGUGCACGGUUGUCUUGGCUACUGGAGAGCAAGAAGGGAAGUAGGGGAGACACUGGAUGAAACUCGGAGGCGCAGUCAGCCUUGCUCAGAGUGGCCCUGCUACAGGCUGCAGCUACCUAGGAAUCUCUUUGCAGACCCCGCCCUGCACUAAGGGGCUGCCCUGAGAUCCACGGGGUAGUCACUUCCUGGUGUGGCCCUGAUCGAAAGAAGCCCAGGUGGCAGCUGCAGCAGACAGGCUCACUCCUGCCACAGGGCACCCUUCCCUGAGCCUUUGUUUCUCUAGCACAAAUUAUGGAUUAUUUCCUUUUCUUGACUAAAAAGAAAGUUUACUUUCCUCCUGGAGACUUCACUGUCUAUACUUCAAACCCCACUGAGAGGUGAUGUGUUAGCCAAGAGGCCAGGCAAGCUGCGAGGGUGACUCUUGGUGUACCCUGUGUGGAAGAGUGGAUUGCACUAAUUUCUGAUUAGCCAGUUAAGUGAUUGCCAAAGCACUGGGAAUCUGGGAGGGCAAAAAAAAAAAAAAAAAGAAAAAAAAAAAGAAAAAAAGUUUUUCAUAGAUGUUUGUUUAAAUUUGGGGGCAAUUUUAUGUAUCCGUGUUAAGAAUAUGUUUAAGAACAUAAUUCUUUUGUUGUUUGUUUAAGAAGCACCUUACUUAUAUAGUAUAAUAUAUAUUUUUUUGAAAUUGCAUUGCUUGUUUAUCAGACAAUUGAAUGUAGUAAUUCUGUUCUUGAUUUAAUUUGGGUUAACAUGCAAAAACCAAGGAAAAAUAUUUAGUUUUUUGUAUACUCUUCAAGCUACCUUGUCAUGUAUGCAGUCAUUGAUGCCUAAAGCCUGGUGAUUAUUCAUUUAAAUGAAGAUCACAUUUCAUAUCAACUUUUGUAUCCACAGUAGACAAAAUAGCACUAAUCCAGAUGCCUAUUGUUGGAUAUUGAAUGAUAGACAAUCUUAUGUAGCAAAGAUUAUGCCUGAAAAGGAAAAUUAAAUUAUUCAGGGCAGCUAAUUUUGCUUUUACCAAAAUAUCAGUAGUAAUAUUUUUGGACAGUAGCUAAUGGGUCAGUGGGUUCUUUUUAAUGUUUAUACUUAGAUUUUCUUUUAAAAAAAUGAAAACAAAACCAAAAAAAAAAAAAAAACACUUCUAGGACUAUAGAUGAUGUAAUACCAGCUAAAUCCAAACAAUAAUAUGUGGAGGGUUUUACAUUCUUCAUCUAGUGUAUUUGUAUUCAUGCUAAGAUACUACUACAUUUGAAAUGGGCAGAGAGCAUGAGAUGGUCGAAAUGUUAGCCCAAGGGUCUCAAACAAUUUUGGAAAUCUUUUUUAUUCUUACUUGAAGUGCCACUAACAGACAGCCAAGAUUUUCCAGCUGAUGUUGCUGUUGGGUGCAGGGAACAUGCUGGGAAUUGCUGCUUGCACUUUUCCCCCACUCUGAGGCAACUUAAAAUUUGAAAGGUGUGAUUUACCUUGGGGGUCAGCGGUAGGGUUGGGGAAGUGGGUUCAGGAAUUUGGAGACUGGGAAAGAUAGUACUAAAAGUAUUAAAAUAUUUUGAGGCAAAUUAAUUAUGAUGCCUGGGGUGUGCACCAGGGUUCAGUAUUCCACUUCUGCCCUGUUAACCACAGAUAACUGGCUCCAUUGACAGCCAUCUCUGGAAUGGCAGCCUCAGUUCAGAGGAAGCAAGAACAACAUCAGCAGGACAGCCCAAGGCAUAGCUAGCGGUCUGUGUUUCCUUUAGCCAUUGCCUAGCUUGCCGUCAGGAUUCUGUGAUGCUCUCGUGCAACGAUUAAGAGAGGAUUGGUAAUCCAAAGAGAAGACCCUAUCCAUGCAGGUUGCAAAAUCCAAUCCCCAAGGAAGUGCGUUCUUUGAUUAAAUUUCCCUAGUAACCUUGCAAACGUGUUUAAGCCUGCCGUAUCUCAUGCCUUUUCGGGGCUGAACAAAUAAGGGAUUUACUGAUAAUUUACUUUUGACCACAUUAAGGUUUCUCACAUUGAAAUCUUAUACAUUGAAAUGGCCAUUGAUUUAGGCCAUUGGUUUAGAGUAGCCCUUCCCCUGCAUGACACCAAUUAUAGAUCCCUUCCUGUUCACAUUUUCCAACCAUGAGAUGAAACGUGGAUACUGGGAAUGAUCACUAGGACCACAGUAAUGUCUAAUACUCACAGGCAGACCUUGGCAAAACUAGUCAUUUGAAAGAUAAAUAGAGUCAUACAGUAGCUCAUAAGGCAACCCUAAUUCUUUUGGGGGCAGGUCUUGGGAGGUUGAUCCACAUUACUCUGCACCCUUCCUAGGGAACCCCCGAAAACAUACUCUCAACUGGAGCAAAUGAACUGUGGUCCCAGAUAUCCAUCUUUUCAGUAGUGUGAUUAUGCUCUGUUUCUAAGUGCAUUUCCUUUCCAUUUGAAUUAAAGUGUGGCCUCGUUCUAAGUCAUUUAAAAUUGUUUUCUAAGUAAUUGCUGCCUUUAUUAUGGCACUUCAAUUUUGCACUGUCUUUCAGAGAUUCAAGAAAAAUUUCUAUUCUUUUUUUUUUUUUUUGCUUCCGACUGUGCCUGAACUUUUUAAAUAUGUAAAUGCUGCCAUGUUCCAAACCCAUUUUCAGUGUGUGUAUACAGAGCUGUGCACCCUGGAAACAACAUACCGUCCCAUAAGCAGGUGCCUGUGGCACGGACCCCUUUGCAUUCACAGAGAGGUCAUUGGUCAUAGAGACUUGAAUUAAUAAGUGACAUUAUUGCCAGUUUAUGUUCUCUCACAGCUUAUAAACAAUGCUUUCUGUGCACUACACGUCCUUCAGUGUAGAGCUCUUGUUUUAUGGGAAAAGAUUCAAAUGCCAAAUUGUGUUUGAUGGAUUUAUACGCCCUUGCGCUGAUGCAUACUAUUAUUGAUGUGAUUCAGUUUUGUCGCAGCUUUGCUUUGUUUAAUGGAACGCACUUGUAAACCUCUUUUGCACCUUGAAAAAGUAAAGAAUCCGGCGGGAUGCUCGAGCACCUUGCAAACAAUUUUCUCAAACUAUUUGAUGUUCAAAUAAAGAAUUAAACUAAAAA